UGUGAGACCCUUCCUCAGCUACUGGUCCCUGAGAUAUUGCUGCCACUCCUGCCUUGGGAACAGAUGAGUGGGGUUGGAAGGGACUUCACUUUGUCACUUUGCCAGAAGAGGAGGUAGGAUGCUGUCCCACUGCACUGCUCACCCAGGAGAGAAGUUGGAAUUGUAUGCCAUGUUCUCAGGUGGAGGGCUGAGGUGAACCUUGGCUGGGCUCUGUGGGCAACCUGGGGCAGAAGAGAGAAGCUUUUAAAUGGAGAGCUGGAGCACAGCACAAGGUGGCUGGCUGAGAUGUAGUUCUGGAGGUGGAGUAGAAAGGGUUGGGCUCCUAGUGCUUCCACGUUGGGAGCCUCAGGUGGACUUUGGCCAAGAGGAGCUGGAAGGACACCACAGCCAGUGAGGGCCAGGGCCUGCCUUGGACUCUGUACUGGCCAGAAAGUCAGGACCUCCUUGGAGCCUGGGGAGAGAAGCCGUGCGGAGACGCUAUACCAAGGCCUUCUGUCAUCUGGGCCAGGAGGCGGGGAGAGCAGGAGACAGUGGCUUGGUGUCUGUCUUUGAGCAGGUCACAGAGUUCAGACACUGCGUCCGGCAGUUAUGCUCAGAAGCAUGCUGCGUCCUGUGUGACCACACUGGUUGUGUUCUAGUGGCUGCUGAGGGGCUGUUGGAAGGGCUGGCAUUUAUCUUAAUUGUUUCUUUGUAUCCUGGCUCCCAAGGAUUGCCUGGCUGGAGGAAGUGGAGGGGCCGUGGGAUGCGGAGAGCAGAGGGCUGACUCCCACAGGGCAGUACAGAGCGAGCUGCCAGCGCCUAGACGCAGGUGGAGGAGCCCAUACCUCCCAGAAUGACCAGUGCAGCCCCUGUGAAGAAGCCCUACCGAAAGGCCCCACCAGAGCACCGGGAGUUGCGGCUGGAGGUUUCUGGAUCCCAGCUUGAGCAGGAGGAGCCCCUGACGGAUGCAGAGAGGAUGAAACUUUUGCAGCAGGAGAACGAAGAACUUCGCCGGCGCCUGAUCUCGGCUACCCGACGCACUGAAGCCCUGGAGCGGGAGCUGGAAAUCGGGCAAGAUUGCCUGGAGCUGGAGCUCGGCCAAAGCCGUGAGGAGCUGGACAAGUUUAAGGACAAGUUCCGCAGGCUGCAGAACAGCUACACGGCCUCCCAGCGGACCAACCAGGAGCUGGAGGACAAGCUGCACACAUUGGCCUCUCUUAGCCACAGCUGGAUCUUUGCAAUCCAGAAGGCAGAGAUGGACAGGAAGACACUGGACUGGGAGAUUGUGGAGCUGACCAACAAAUUGCUGGACGCCAGAAACACCAUUAACAGGCUAGAGGAGCUCAAUGAGCGCUACCGGCUGGACUGCAACCUGGCUGUGCAGCUUCUCAAGUGCAACAAGUCCCACUUCCGUAGCCACAAAUUCGCUGACCUGCCCUGUGAGCUGCAGGACAUGGUUCGGAAACAUCUGCAUAGCAGCUCUGAGGCUGCCAGCCUGGGUUCUGCUCCCAUCCCAGCCCCAGGGGCUGUGGUGCCCACCUCGGUCAUUGCCCGUGUGCUGGAGAAGCCAGAGUCCCUGCUGCUCAACUCUGCCCAGUCAGGCAACGCUGGGCUGCCCUUGGCUGAGGAUGUCUUUGUGCAUGUGGACAUGAGUGAGGGUACCCCAGGGGAUACGGCUAGUCCCUCAGCCCCUGGCAGUCCCACCCUCCAGCCCAAUGGUGAGUGCCACUCUCUGGGUACUGGAGGGGGCUCCCCAGAGGAGGAACAGUGUCUGCCAGCCUUUGAGAAGUUGAGCCCCUACCCUACCCCAUCUCUGCCCCACCCACUAUAUCCUGGCCGCAAGGUGAUAGAGUUCUCAGAGGAUAAAGUCCGCAUCCCUCGCAACAGCCCACUGCCCAAUUGCACCUAUGCCACACGUCAGGCCAUUUCCCUGAGCCUGGUAGAGGACAACAGUGAGCGGGCCCGCCCCAGUCCAGGGCCCAGCAGCCCUGCCUCGGCUCAGGCCUCCCCUCACCACCAGCCUGGCCCUGCUGCCCCCGAGCCCAGUAACCUCACCAGCUCCAUGAGCUCUGAAGAAGACCUUUUGGCCAGCUGGCAGCGGGCAUUUGUAGACCGCACUCCGCCGCCUGCCGCUGUGGUCCAGCGCACAGCCUUUGGGCGGGAUGCCCUCCCUGAGCUGCAGCGCCACUUUGCUCUUAGCCCUGCCGACCAAGAUGAGGUGAUUCUGGCACCUUCUGCCCCACCUGAUGAGAGUAGGUUCCUGCUGCCAGCAGAACCAAACCCGGACUCCUCCAGGGAAGAGGAGGAGGAGAUGUUGAACCUGCCUGUCAGCCCUGAGGAAGAGCGCCAGAGCCUGCUACAUGGGAACAGGGGUACAGAGGAGGGGCCUGGUGCUUUGCACAUUGAGGGCAGGGCCUGGCCACAGCCUGCCUCCAGCCGCCCCCAACGCAGCCCCAAAAGAAUGGGGGUGCACCACCUGCAUCGCAAGGACAGCCUAACCCAGGCCCAGGAGCAGGGCACCCUGCUCAGCUAGGCCACCUUCAAGGACAGCCUGGCCCUAGCCUGGGAGCAGGCAGCCUGCAGAGGCCUGGGCCUGGACUCUUCCCCCUGGCUUGCACAGCUUGGUUCUCUGUAUGAGGGACAGGCUAUUACGCCAGGCCUUCCAGUUUUAUUAACAAUGGCACCGGCUUGCCUCCUUCAUGACUUUGUCCUUGGCUUGGAGUAUUUUUUCUCCAGAGUAACAUGCAGGUGGCCUCAGGCCGAUCCGUCACCAGCCCAGGUCAGGCUGUGCUGGGUCAUGGAGGGGCUCAUCAGUGUUCACCCCAACCCCCCUUCAUGUUCCUGGCUUGGUGCACUGGGGCACUGCUGGGAUUAACCUCUGGUUUGUUUUCCUCUGCUACCCUCUGGGUGCCUGGCCCAGCUGCUCCAGGAUACAGAACUGAGACUCAGGGCUCCCCUUGCUGCUCCUCCCCCUCUGUGGGGGAGCAAGGGCUUCAGAGGCCUCAGGGCUGGGCUCUGGGUGAAGCUCAGCUCCUCCCAACCUUGGCUCUAGACUGUUACACCCAGCUUUGGGAAAUUUUCACAUUGAUGACUAUUUUAAAAUAAAACUAUUUUA